GCAGAAGCUAAGGCACGGCUGGAAGAGUUACUUAGGCACAUGGGAGAAAUAAGUGGCUGUCGAAAUCAACGCGAAAGGGAAAGGCAGCAAGAAGUCGGCGUCUUUUCAGUACAGACAUUUUAGCAGGUCUCGACUUCUGCGUUGCCUCCUCGUUUUCAGUUGGACGGAAUGCAACCAGGCUGCGAAGCGGACGGUCGGGUUCGCUGCACCGUAGCGAUCGAGCACCUGGGUGCUGCAGCAGCCCCAAAUCGUGUGCUUCUCCGCGAUGCUUGGGUCACGCUGGGCCGGGACGAGUUCCAGGAGCUGGUUCUGCAAGUGGCCAGCGCCGCCGGUCCGGGGCGCCCCCAGAAUUUCCCCUUGCGGCGGGGUGAAGUGCGGCUGUUCACACGCUUCGUGAAGGAGGGGAAGAGCUCGGUGCAGCUGGGUGCAAACCACAAUCACGUGCAGCUGCUGCUUUCUAAUUGUCCUCCGGAUCGGCUGCGCCGCUUCGUCCACACGCUGCGCAUCAAGCACGCAGCCGCCCAGAGGGGGACCAAGCCUGUGGCCGAGCGAACGCGCCUUCUCGCUAGCCUACCGCGGACGUUCGACACGGUGAGCCCGGUGCAGACUCGCGACUUGCAGCAGGCGAGCGCCCGGCAGGCUCUGACUGACGUGACAAGCACCCCGCGGAAAGGUCAGCCCUUACGCUGCGCGUCUCGGAAGCGGAUCCGGAGUGAGUCCAUCGAUGGGAAACAGGUGGCUGAAAAGCAGCAGGUGAAGAAGACUUGGUCCAUGUGCUCCAGAGCAAAACUCUCCCAGGAACAGUCAAUGGUGUUGAAUGCAGUGCUGAGUGGGAAGAAUGUUUUCUUCACAGGCAAUGCUGGGACUGGGAAAUCCUACCUCCUGAAAAAGAUCAUGGCCUCGCUGCCUCCAAACAGCACUUACGCCACAGCCAGCACAGGGGUGGCAGCAUGUCAGAUUGGUGGCACUACUCUCCAUUCCUUUGCAGGUAUUGGGUCAGGAAAGGCCUCCCUACAUCAGUGCAUUGAGCUGGCUCAGAGACCCGGAAUUCGGCAGCAAUGGCUGAACACCCGCCAUCUGAUCAUAGAUGAAAUCUCUAUGGUGGAAGGGGAUUUCUUUGAUAAACUGGAGGCAGUAGCUAGAGCGGUCAGGAAAUGUGAGGAUCCAUUUGGAGGAAUCCAACUCAUCAUAUGUGGAGACUUCUUGCAGCUGCCUCCUGUCAGCAAAUCCUCCGAGCAGCCCAGGUUCUGUUUCCAGGCAAAGAGCUGGCGCAAGUGUAUCCACCUGAACAUGGAGCUGACAGAGGUGCGGAGGCAGACUGACAAGGACUUCAUUUCUCUUCUGCAUACUGUCCGCCUGGGCAGAUGCACAGAGGAGGUUACCAGGCAGCUAACUCUAACAGCUACCCAUCGGGUGGAGAAAGAUGGAAUCUUGGCUACCCGGUUGUGCACCCACAAGGAUGACGUGGAGCUCACAAAUGCUAGAAGGCUGGAUGAGUUGCCUGGAGAACGAAGAUCCUUUAAGGCAGUGGAUAGUGACCCUGUACUGGUGAAAACCCUUGAUGCACAGUGUCCAGUAAGCAGCAACAUUGAACUUAAGCAAGGUGCCCAGGUGAUGCUUACUAAGAAUCUUGAUGUGUCCCAAGGUCUUGUGAAUGGGGCUCGUGGAGUUGUGAUUGGAUUUGAAACAGAGGGAAAAGGGCUACCAAAAGUGAGAUUUCUGUGUGGCGUCACUAAUGUUGUUGGGUUGGAACGAUGGGUUUUUAAGGGACCAGCAGGAAUUUAUCUGAGUCGCCAGCAGCUGCCGCUGAAACUUGCCUGGGCCAUUUCCAUCCACAAGAGCCAGGGUAUGUCUCUGGACUGCGUUGAGAUUUCCUUGGCUCGUGUUUUUGAAUUUGGCCAGGCUUAUGUAGCACUUUCUCGAGCACGUAGCCUUGCAGGUCUUCGUGUUCUGGAUUUUGAUCCCAAGGUAGUGAGAGCCAAUCCAUACGUGUUGCAGUUCUACAAGCACUUGAAGAGAGAAAAAUUUCUAACCCAGGCUUUGCUGCACUCCUCUAUUCAAGCUAAUAAAGAAAAUGAAGAAGCUGCCUGAACUUGACAUAUUUUUAUUGCUCCUUGUACUUUUAUUGAAUCUACACCACUAAGUGGGAAACUUCUUCCACGGAGAAUCAGCUCGUGGAUUUUCUGCACUGCAGCUCCUGAUACUUCCAGGAUCAUUCUGUUUUCUAGCAGUAGAACAACAUCCUGGAAACAUUUUCCACAGACUAUCAUAGUUCAAGAGAUGAACCUAAAAGUCAUUUUUUUACCAAAAUCUGUUAUUAGGAUGGCAGUAAGAUGUUCUGCUAUCAUACCUUCAAUAAGUCUUUUAAUUCAAACAUCUGCAUUGACAGUAUUGUACCUAUGGCAAGAGUUUGAGACACUGAAUAAUAAAGAAUGCACUUUAUUUUUAAAGGACAUAAAAGUGAAUGAAACUGCUGCUCUCAGUGCAGCACAUAAUGGGUGUACGACAUGCCAAGAGUCUGAGUUUACAAAGAUGGCACACUAGUCUUCUAGGACCUGCCUGUUACUUACCUUCUCUACAGAGGCCUCUUCAAAUAAAAUAAAUAAAAGCAAAGAUGCUAAAUUGUAAUAAUUUGUUAAACUAUAUAUGCAUGUUGCCAAUUUAGGAGCUAGAAACUCCUUCUCAAGUUAACAUGGUUCAGUUAAGAUUCAGAUUUUGAGAAGUGCAUUGAAUCUAUGUUUGAAGUAAUAAUUACUUAAGGUGCUAGUUAUGUUAUAUUACAAAGUAUGCUUUCUUUCCCCAGUCCCACCAGUUUAUGGCAAGUACUGCUAUGAGCUGUUAUGAGCCCAAGUAUAUCCAUACUGAUAUCUCCUUAAUAAAAGAAGUACUAAUGCUACAUGGAGGGUUUACGUUUUGACACAGGCUGCUGUAGCAUUUAUGCUUCUAUGCCAUAAUAUAGUAACUUCAUCUUUGCAUUCUUCAGUGCCUACAACUAUAAUAGUUCUAUAACAGUUCAGUAUUGUGUUAGUGGUAGAUGGGGGGCAUUUCUUCCAAGAAGAUAUACUGCAUCAUCAAGCAUUGCUUAACAGUAACAUUCCUAAGCAUGUUAUAAGUUAACUUUGCCUAGUUUAUUUCAGUUAAAGACUUCAUGGUUUCUAUAGCUCCUCAAACCGUAUUCAAGGUAACUCCUGGUGAGCACAUUACAGGUAGAAGGCAAAAGGCACUUGGCACGUAAUAAGAGAUUAUUACAGCUUUGCAACUGAUAUUUUUGUAGUCCAUUU